CAGGAGUGUCGCGCCCAUCACUACGGAUAUAACGAGGGCACAACAAACUGGAUGCCGACGCGGCUGCUUGAAGUGAGGGUGCCUGGCAACCCAGCUCAUGUUCGAGUCGUCCCAACACAAUCACAGAUUCAUUGCUAUGUGGCUUUAAGAUACUGCUGGGGCACGGAAGGACAACCGAUGACGAAGACUGACAAAAUUAACAUUCACCAAACAGGACUAGAACUUGCAUCGUUACCCCCUACGAUCCGGGAUGCUGUGUUUGUCACUCGUCAGCUUGGUGUUCACUACAUCUGGGUAGACAGCCUUUGCAUCGUUCGAGACGAGCAGCAGGACAAGAUGGCCGAGAUCGAGAUGAUGCGCAUGAUCUACAGGAAUGCGGUAUGCACAAUUGUGGUGUCUAGCUCG